AUGUCAAACAUUAUCAUAAACCCAUCUAGUGAACAUUUAAAGAUGUCGUCGAAUUCAAAGAAUACAACAUCUUUUAAUUUUAGUAAUACUUCACCUCCAAUGAAGAGAAAGAGAGGUAGACCUCCUAAAGCUGAUUCGUUAAGUACUAGGAUUACUACAACGAUGAAUAUUAAUGUUAAUACGUCACCUUUAAAUAGUUCUCCUACCGCAGAAUCAAACUCAAAUUUAAUCACUAGAAGGAAAAAUCCAGAUUACUAUACUUCAAUUUUGAAGGUGUCUCCUAAUAAAUUGAGUUCUCCGCUGAAAUCUUCUUCACCCCUGAAGAAACGGUCAAAAUCAAAAACUGGAUUAAUAUCUCCUUCAAAUGAUUCUCCUACCAAAAAACAUAAGCUAAAUGAUCAGUUGGUUACUCCUUACUCGAUUGACCAAAAAACUGAUCCAAAACCUGAAAAGAAGGAUAACGGAUUUCAAUUGAAAUUAACCGUUGAUGAUUCUGGUAAAGCGGUUUUAUCAAAUGAUCUAUUUAAAAGAUCCCUGAGCGAAACCAAUUUAUCGGGACCAGCUACAACAAACCCGCCAUCUACAUCUACUGAUACUUCAACUGGGCCAAACUUACUAAGAAGACAUAAUUCAGAUUUCACCGGAAUUAAUACUUCAAAUGUUUAUGCGCCAAAUUUAAACUCAAUCAAUGAACACGAUUCAUCUCCACUUGAUAAAUUAAAUAAUAAAUCAUCAAUCUUACCCCAAUUACCUCAAACUCCAAAAAUUAAAGAAAAUUAUCUUUAUUCCUCAACUGGUUUAACUCCUUCUUCUAAUUUUUUAUCAAAUAACUUAUCCUUUAACUUAACCCCUCAAUUCAAUUCAAUGAUGUAUUCAAUGAUGAAUAUUAAUUCUCCUCAACUGAAGAUUUCUUCCAAUAAUCAACAAUUCUUAUCUAAUCAAGAUUUCUUUAUGAAUCAAAAUAACUCUCCCAUUAAUAACACCAUUAACAUGAAUGAAUUAAUGAGUCUAACCCAUGAUUCCUCCAUAAAAGAUUCAAAAAUAUCCGAUGAAGAAGUCAACACCUCUACAAGCAACUCAAAUGACGAAAAUGGUGAUGCAAAAUCGGCUUUGAAAAAAAUCAUUCAUAUUAAAAGAAAAUAGAAAAUGCUUUAUUGAAC